AUGGACGUUGCCACAAAACAGAACGUGGACCAUGUUGAAGACGCGUCUCCCUUAGACGAUGCUUUCCUGAAAUGUGACGAAAUCCAAGAGCCUAUAAACCCAGAAGAGGAAAAACGACUGAUUGAUAAAACCACCCUUUCGUAUGCGGCAAUUUUUGGCAUUGAUGACAGUUUGCAUCUGGUUGGUAAUCAGUAUAGUUGGUUAUCCUCGAUUUUCUACUUUGGGUUCAUGGGUUGGCAACUACCAACCAAUCUCCUUAUGCAACGACUUCCCACCGCAAAAUACAUGAGCGUCAACAUUAUUCUAUGGGGAGUAUUUCUUGCACUUCAAGCCGUUUCGAAAAACUUCGCAACCCUCGCCGCACUUAGAGGGCUCAGUGGUGCCGCCGAAGCUUGCGCCGAUCCCUCUUUCAUGAUCAUUACCAGCAUGUGGUAUAAGCGAAGCGAGCAACCAAUUCGAAUCGGAAUAUGGUAUUCCGCCUUGGGUCUAGGUAUUGCAGGCGGUGGAGUGCUCGGUUAUGGAAUCGGUAACAUCCAGGGCUCCCUACCCAGCUGGAAAUAUGAAUUCAUCAUCAUUGGGGCUUUGUGUGUUCUAUGGGGACUUGUCAUGCUUGUUGUAGUGCCAGAUUCGCCAAUCACUACUCGCUAUCUUACAACAGCUCAGAAAACUAUCAUGAUUAACCGACUACGCGAGAACCAGACUGGAAUUGAGAACCGGAAGUUCAAAAUCCACCAGUUUCUAGAAGCAAUGGCCGACUUCAAAGUGCAUCUGUUCUUCUUGAUUGCGUUUUUCCAAGCUAUUGUCAACGGAGGAGUCACGAACUUUGGCACUAUGAUUAUUCAAGGAUUUGGCUUUUCAACUCUGGGAACUACCUUGCUCCAGGUUCCAUAUGGAGUUUUCAUCUCCUUAGUCAUUCUUUCCUGUGUGUGGCUUAACGCAAAAAUGCCACCUAACAAUCGAUGUCUCAUGCUUCUGGUUUUCCUGAUGCCUAAUAUUGCCGCUGCCUUUGGCCUUCGCUUUGUGCCCCAAAGUGCCCAGGUCGGCCGCCUCAUUUGCUACUACCUGACGGGCUCCUACAACGCAUCAUUCGUGAUGUUAUUAUCCUUGACCACUACCAACAUAGCAGGGCAUACCAAGAAGGUAACAUCUAGUGGCAUCCUCUUCAUCGGUUACUGCACGGGGAAUAUUGCCGGCCCCUUCUUCUACAAAGAAAGCCAGAAACCCAUCUACUCGCUCGGUAUAUGGAGUAUGGUCGUUUCGCACCUGCUUGAGGUCAUUUGUGUGGCACUGCUAUGGGUUCAUUUGCGGAGUGAGAACAAAAGAAGAGAUGAAAUCCAGGGCAUUGAUGAGAAUACUUCUGUUUCUACCCACUACGUGGGAACUUUGGAAGACAUGACCGAUAAAGAAAAUCGGAAUUUCCGUUACGUGUUCUAG